GCGGAACGGCUUCCGGUGUGGAGGUUUAUAAACAAGCUGCGGAAGUCUGGCCGCACGCCGGGCACUCAUCUGUCAAUUUAAACAUCUGCGCACGGUGUCGACAUUUUGGUGUGGGAUCUUUUGAAAUUGUGAAAUAUGGCCAAUGAAAAUGAAGACCUACAUAUAGUACUGGAGGAGGAGGAGGAUGAUGAUGAUGAUGAAGAGGAAGAAAUUGCUGUUGAUUAUUUCCGGGCUAGAAUUCCACAAUCAAAUUUUCAUGAUUCUAUACCAGAAGAACGUAGUGGUCACAUAGCUGUAGCAUAUGAAAACUAUAUGUACGUUCUGGGUGGCUAUAAGAAUGCUGCAAUUCGAGGCUAUCAUGAUUUCUAUUUGCCAAGAGAAGAACUUUGGAUCUAUAACAUGGAAACUGGACAAUGGAAUAAGAAAUUCACAACAGGUGAUGUUCCUCAGUCCAUGUCAGGAAGUUGUGCAGCUUGUGUGGAUGGAGUGCUGUAUUUGUUUGGAGGGCAUUAUGCCAUAGGCAACUCAAAUGAGUUAUAUAUGUUAAAUCUGAGAUCCAAAGACAGAAUGCUGCAUUGGCAGAGAAUAGAAAACUUCAAAGGAGUGCGACCAACACCCAAAGAUAAGCUUGGCUGCUGGGUGUACAAGAACAAAGUGAUUUUCUUCGGUGGCUAUGGUUACCAGCCUCAGGAGAAGUGCCAUGGAUCAUUUGAAUUUGAUGAAUCAUCAUUUUGGAAUGCAAGUCAUCCAAGAGGCUGGAACAAUCAUGUCCACAUUAUUGAUCUUGAAACUUUUACAUGGUCUCAGCCCCUUACAAAGGGAAAGCCCCCCACACCUAGAGCAGCUCAUGCUUGUGCAACGGUUGGGAACCGCGGUUACGUAUUUGGAGGACGAUAUCAGGAUGUCAGGACCAAUGAUCUCUAUUACCUUGACUUGGACAUAUGGGAAUGGAAUGAAGUGGUACAGUCACCCGAUCAAAUCCCUGUUGGCCGCUCUUGGCAUUCACUCACUACUAUCUCAAAUGAUCAUCUCUUCCUGUUUGGAGGUUUCACAACUGACAAACAACCGUUAAGUGAUGCCUGGAUAUUCAGUCUGAGCAAGAAUGAAUGGUUAAAGGUAGAACACAAUUAUUCUGACAAACCAAGGCUUUGGCAUUCUGCUUGUACAAAUGAUGAGGCAGAAGUGAUUGUUUUUGGCGGAUGCGCUAACAAUCUGUUAUCUCGACAACAAGCAGCUCAUAGUAAUGACAUCCUGAUCUUCUCAGUACAACCAAAGUCUCUUGUCAGACUUUGCCUAGAGGCAGUGAUCCACUAUAAAGAAAUGCUUGCCAAUAUAUGGGACUGUCUUCCAAAGCAUCUUCUUCUUAAUAUCAAUCAACGAGCUGGAAGCAGUAACACAUCUGGAUCAUGAGUUCUGCCAAUAUACUUACCACCUUAAUCAUUAUAGUGUGAUUUAGUUAUUCUUUGUUCUAGCAGUGCAGAAGAUGACUUGCUGAGGGUCAAAGAAUCAUGAUUUUUUUUUUAUUGGUACCUGUUUUUGCAGGUAGUUAAAUGUUUUAAUAUGCUUGUGCAUAAAAGAAAUCUUAAAUUUAUUGAUUUUUGUUUUGAAUAAAUGUCAAGCAAAAGGAAAAUGUUUACUUCGUGAUAUCAGAGCAAACAUUUAUGCAUACAAAAACCUUCAACUAUAAGGUAUGAUUACAUAUUUGGUCUUUUCCCCCAAAAGAGGAAUUCUAUCUCAUUGCUAUUCAGCUUUUAUUUAAAAAUGGAUUUUUCUUAAUUAGAAAAAAUCUUGGACAUUUUACAUAACACUUCAGGAUCUGUGAUUCAGCCAAAACUAGAAAGGUGCUUUGCUGGUGAGGCCAACAGUUAUUGCCCAUUCCCUUGAGAAGUGAGCCACUAUCAAAGUUAUAGACUUCAAACAGUAAAAAUGCUUUCACAAGUGAUGGUAAAUUUAAGACAUUUAGCUUUUUAACCUUGUGAUAUUUCUAUUUCCAUAACAGCUGUGUGAUACACUGGAUAACUUUCUCAUGGUACUCUCCCAACAGCCUUGCCAAUCAAACAGGUUGAUUUGUCUUGGAUGAUGCAUGUAUUGUGCUGCUCUCACCAACAACUUCCUAAUACUGUUUAAUAAAUGCUGCUUAUUUUUUGCUUUCUACAUAGUAAAAAGUGUCUCUCUAUUGAAUACCAAGCCUGCAGGAUUAAAGUGGUAGUUUAAUUUAAACUUUAGAUUUGCACCCCAAUUCUAUUUCAAGUCAGUUGACCAAUGAUGACAUUUAUUUGAACUUUCAAGUUGAACCAUAUUUGUAAUGCUGGUAAAACUAUGAAUACAUGCUCUGUUACAUGGGGAUUCAAAAGUACUUUCAGCUGUUGAGUGUAUCUCAAAAGGACAAUGCUUUUACUCUUCCAUUGUCUAAUUAAAUUUCACGUACUUACAAAAGAGUCUUCCUGUAUACUAAAGUUGGAGAAGGCUGCAAAUACAACAGCCAACAUGCUGAGUGUUUCCAGUAAUGUUAUUUCAGAUUUCUGUAGUUUUUGUUCUUUUUGGGUUACUGCAUAAUGUUGUGAAUUAUAUGAUAGAAAUUAUAACUACUAUUUAGCAAAUUCGUGAACUUUUACAAAAUGCAAAUAGUACAUAAGGACUAUACUUCACUUAAAUUGUGAAAUAUUCAAGUAAUUUAAGUAUUUUCUAUUCAACUUGUUCCUUAUCAGUAUGAUUAAACCUUUUGGUAUUUAAAAAUAAAAUUUGUUUUAUUUUCCUGUU